UUGAUGAACGCAAUCCGAAUUUAUAAAUGCAUGAAUAAAAUUAUGACGUCGAUAUUUUCUAUUGCUUUAAAUUAAUUCAGUAUUUUAUUGUUGCAUUUACAAAUAAUACAUACAAAAUAAAUAGCUAUCACGUUGAAAACGGUAUGGUACAUAUUCUAUUUGUUACAAACAAUAAUUUUGAGACAUAAUUAUAGUGUACAAAAUGGAUAAUUAUUUCUUGGAAUAUUUUACAAACAAAUGAUGUAUAUUAUUUAUGCCCAUUCUUUCAUUACUCUUUCAUAGUCCUCCUCUUCGAUGAAUGGUUUAUCUAUAGACCUGCAAUACAAUUUUUUUUAUAAAAGAUAUGAAAAUAAAUAUUUAUGUUGCACAAACAAAAAUAUUAAAUAUUAGAAUAGCUCACUCUAUCAUGAGUUCUCCGCAGUAUAAACAUUCAGAGGCUACUAAUUCGUCGAUGUCAGCUUUGAUUCGGUUUUUUCUUGAUAAGGAUACAGAACCAACUGAUGUAGUAUCUUCUGGUCUGUUUGAUUGUGCAAUAAGUAGUUGUCGUUGAAGAUCAGCCAGCUUUGUUCUCUGAUCCAUCGACAACAUAGGAGUCAAUGCGGCUACGAGGCAAUCGCUAUGAAAUCUAUGUCCGCAUGGAAAUACAUAAAAGGGUCGCGAUAGUAACUGAACAUCACAAGCGUUACAUGCAUGGCUGCUAUUUGUUUAGCAAGAUCUACGCUUAUUGUCAAAGCUAAAUCUACCGCUGUUGUCCAGAGCCCGAGCAAUGCGGACAAUUGUACGCAAGCUUCAGUUAAACCAACUUCUUGACACAAACGUAAUGCAUAAUGAACAUCAUAGUGUACCAUAUUAAUAUCUUGUCCUACAAAGAGAAACAUUUAGAUCAAUAUCCUUUUAAAGUAACUAGGAAAUUUAAUGAGUAAUUUACCUUGAGAACUGAUGAAUCGCAUAACUUCAUCUUUUUUAUAACGAGCAUACAAGGACAAUAAAAAAUUGUGAAUUGCCUGUUCUUGAGAGCUUAAUUUAUAUACACAAAACUCCAAAUACCUGAUUAUUUCUUUCGCCUAUAAUAGCAAACAUUGAUUUGAGUACUAAAAUCUAUUCCAAAAUAUGGGGAUAAUUAAAGAAAUCUAAAUUGCUUCUUACAUGUUUUUCAUCGCUAUUACAGGAGACUAAAGCCGGCAGGAGCUUAGAUGGCUUUAAUGAGUAUCCUUGCGAUAUCAAAGCAGUUACCGCAGGACGCGGUAAUUCUUGUAAAAGAAUACCAAAAAAUUGGUAAAAGAGAUCCUUAUUGUUUUGACUCUUUAAAACUUCAAGCGCUUCUAAGUAAUUGUUUUUAUAUAAAUGCUGACGUAUCACUUCCUCGUAAUUGCAAUGCAUUAUGGUUAAACGGAUAAGAUUUUCCUUGUCGCCGUGACUUGUCAUUAAAUCAUAUAUGGUACUGCGAUUUCUUAUUAUGCACUCCUAAAAUAAAGAUUACAUAUAUAGAAAAAUAAUAUUUUGUUUAAUAAAACAAUUUUGUAUUCUAUCAUACUUCGACUUUUGGUAUGGCAAGGAAGCUAUCAAAUUGUUUCUGAAGUUCCAAAUACUGCGGAUCAUUUAAAUAUGAAUUAUUGCUACUUCGUAAUAUCGCCAUUUGAUUCAUAAAUAAUUCUACCACCCAUACAACAAUCAUGGUUAUUUGCGUUUUGUCGUGCGUUUUCAGUCCUUCUAGUUUCUAUAAAUAAUAAUGAGAUUAUUUUGUUUAUUUAAAACACAAAAAAAUAUGGAAUACGAAAUACAGUACCUUUUUGAGAAAAGUUUUUAAUGCUUCUAUUUGCCAUUCUUGAAGAAACUUUAAUGAUAUUUCUUCGAACGAUGAAUGAGUGUCUGCAGAGAUGAGAGCACUUUUUUCAUAUCUGUAAAGUAAUAUUUAACUUUAGUUAUAGCCGGAUUCUGAUCACUGAUGUAUAAAAUUGAACAUACUCUUUGUUUCUGAAAAGCAUUUCGGCUUGCUUUACUAAUACUUGAUCUUUGUGUGCUGGAUUAUCUUUACAAUAUUGUAUAGCAAGCUCAAAUUCACCUUUAUCGACGUAUAUCUGUAUAAAAUUAAAAAAUAUGAUUAAUGCGAGCCAAAAUAUAUAUAAAUUGAUAAAAGUGUAUCCACUUACCUGCCACACAUUUCUAUCUUCUUUAUUAACUUUAUAUUUAAAUACCGCUUGUUCACUAUAAGCCCAUAUAGAACGAGUUACAUGAUCUUUAGUAAUACUAACUAGUUUGCCAAGAGCCUUUGAAAGUUAAAAUAUUUCAGUUAUAUACCUUACAUUGUGAAUAUACUUAUUCCAUUUUUUAUUUAUUAUACGUACAUCGUUAUAAAUAUCUUCAAAUAUUAAUUCCUGGUUCAAGAGUGAUAUGCCUUUAACACGAUCAGUAUAAAGCAACAGCGCAUGAAAUUCUGUUAAUACAAACGAAAGCGGCGGAGUUGCUACUUGCGAAACACUGCUUCCUAUAAGACUUGUUUCAGGACAUGUUAUCAUUUGUUGAUUUUGCAACGUAUUCUUUGGAUCUAUAGUUGGAUCAAUCUAGAAAUAUUCACAUUAGUACACGGUUUUUAUAAACUUUGCAUCAUAUUGUGAAAAAUUAUAUUAUUUUUACCUGUGCAUACCAUAUACCAGUUUCAGUCAACCAACCAAAAGACUUUGGUAAAGCUCCCAUUGAAGGAUAAUAGAAUUGCAUUUUUGAAUAAUUUAAAUUACUUAUCACUUCAUUAAAACUCUCUGUAAAAGUAUUACUUCUAUGACUGCUCAAAUUAUUAAUACCAAUUUAAGUACCUACAGCCACAAUUUACCUUGCACAUUUAAAUACUUAUUAAAAACUUGUUGUAACAAAGGUUUUUCUUCCGGAUUCUGCACUUCUCCAAUAUAUUGAUAAAUACGCAUAAGAGUGGUGACAAUAAUCAUAUACUUGUCUGAAUUUGGUACUUUAUGAAAUUCUAUGCCAGUAAUUGGUGGUUUACUGGCCUCCCCUAUAUCAAAUACCUAAAAUGAAAGGAAAUUGGCUGUAGAAUAUUGCAUUCAUUUUACAUUAUAUUAUGAUUUCAUGAGAUGAAACACAACAUUAAUAAGCUGAGCAAUGCAAUGGCGUACAGUGAAGAAUUACAAUAAAAAAAAGAUUACAGAUACUGAUAUAAAUUUUUGCUCAUGCAAAAGAUGUGAUUCUAACUCACCAAUCCUUCUACCUCCUUAGCACCAUAAAGAGGUAGGUAGUUAGGAAGCUUUAGAAAUAAUGAAUAAUGAUAUAAAGGAAGUACUUAUAUUACCAUGGACUGACAAUAUAUACUGAUAAUGAAAUAAUUAAAAAUUAAUUUUAUGUUUUAUUAUACCUGACGCCAAUAUUGCUCCAAACUUGUAUUAAAUAUUUUGUCACCAUCUAAACCAAUUUCUGUUUCAAAGAUGAGACCUUUAGAAGUUCCUAACAGUAUUGGACCCGUAGUAGUUUCAGAAGUAUUUUGAAAGUUCCAUCCAACAGCAGUGAUUUCGUGUCCUUUAAAUUUGCCUGCCUAGAUAACAAAUUUUGAACAUCAUGUUUUUUAUACUAUGAUAUGUGUUUUAUACUCAGUACCUGUUUCAAUUUUGAAGUCUUCUUAUGUAAAUAAAAUAAUUCAGGUGGUGUACUAUCUUUGAGACUUGGAUUCUUUGGAACUAAAGCAAUUAGCAAAUGAUUUCCCAAAGGAUCAAGAAACAUCCCUGACAUUUUCAUAUUUACUGCAUAUUUUGAUAUAUUUAUUUCUGAAAUAAUUACUUCAUAUGAUUUAUCAGUUUUAUAUAUUGCACGAAUCAUAAAAAUUACUACCUUCUAUAGUAGGAUUUCUCAUAUCAAUACGCAAGAGCAUGUUAUUGGCCAUAGCAAUAACAGUUAUAUUAUUAUUAACAACCAAGUGUACAAUGUUAUCUGAUGGCUGGAAAUUAACUCUCUGUUUUAUAAAAAUCGGUCCGUCGUCUUGUAACUUCAUCUGAAUAAAUCCUGCUGUACUCUAAAAAUGUAAUAAAGCAUAAGACAGUUAACAUGAAUUUUAUGAAUAUUAAAGAGAGAAUUGAGGUUCUGAAUCUUGAAGGUUUUUAAUUGAACUAUAAAUAAUGGGAAAAAUGGAUUAUGUAUAAAAAGUCUUACAAUGUCUGGACGAAUUGGAGGUGCAUGUAUUUGUUUUGAUCGUUGAGAUGCUUGUUCAUAUUGGUCAAACAUUGAUGUCAUUUUGUUAAUUUAUUUAAAACUCUUCACUUUUUCCUGUAAUAAAAAUAUAAUAAGUAUACUCUGCUAUUUAAUUACAAGAUAUUUACACUUACACAAAUUUUAAUUCCUUCUCCUCUCUUCGAAUCAGAUUAAAUAUAUAUUAUUAAUAAGUGUACUUAAAUUAUAUAUACUUUAUCGUAUAUACACAUGCCCACAAAAAUGUCAUAAACCACAACCGUUAACCUUAAUUUUUGCAUGAUAAAUUAUAAAUAUACAUUCACAUCAUUCUUCGAUCGAAUUACAUCUGUUUAGUCAUUCGAUUAACUUGUAAGAGCAUACAAAUUUAUAAUAUGUAUGUACAUGCACUGAUAAAUACAAUUAGCUGACAGCGAUACUCGUUGCAUUCACUUGCAUUGGUAGCAAUGAUUAAGUCCAUUUCAUAUUUAGAGCAAGGGAUGCAAUUCGAGAGAAUAUUAGUAUAUAAUACAUAAAUAUAAAAAUCGAGUGAACAAUUUAAUAAAACUGUACAUUACAUAGCUAACAUAAAUGUACCAUAAUUCAAAAUUAAAUAAAUAAUAAUACAAAACCGUUCUUAGAUGCAUGAAUGAAUGAAUGUAUGUAUGUAUUAUGUAUAUCUAUGGACCUAGCGUAUGGCGUAGUUCUAGAUGUUAUCUAUAUAAUAUUAUCUACCAACGAUUCAUCUCGAUUAUCUUCAGAAACGUGGUGUAAAAAUCAGUGUUUGCAUUGAAAUACACUUGAAUAGAUCUGUGUGAUAAGUGAAAAGUAAAAACUGUUUAAAUGUCUAACACUAAUACCAUGGAAAGUGAAAAUGAUCCAGUGGUUAACGAGAUUCCAGUGUUUCUCUCAAAAACCCUUGCAGACAAACUUUUUAUUUUCCAAUAUCCUCUUCGACCUGCUAAAGAUGGCUAUGACAAUGCAACUCUCUUAAAAUCCUCGAUAAAACCACAGAAUCAGGAGGUUCUGAUGGAAGUAGAAAUAGAUACUCAUAGUGUUAAUUAUGACCAAAGUAAAAGUGAACAGAUUGCGCUUAAUGCAGAUGGUGAUGCAAAGGGCGAUCAAGAUGAAGGAGAGAGAGCAUUUGAUAGUCAUUUAAUGGAUAAAACAGUCCUACAGUCUUCACGAGCAAUACCAAACUGUUGUAAUUAUGCAGUUGGUGUUUUCCAAGAUGGAGAAUUACAUUUGACACCACUAAGAGGGAUGGUGCAAAUGCGUCCACAGUUCAAUUAUCUUGACAAAAGUGAUAAACGUGUUAGAGAAGAAGCCAAAAAUAUAGGAGAAGAAGCAGAAGAGGAGGAGGAAGGUCCAAAACAAGUAAAUGUAACAUUUGCCAGACAGAAACCAGAGUUUAUGAAGAAGAUGCAAGAGCAAUCAUUUCAGCAUUAUACUCAGAAAAGUCUAGAAGAGAGAUGGAUUCAUACAAAAUAUAGUCCUGCAAAUAGCAAUCAAGCAGAGCUUACACGUCUAGAAAUGUUCUGUUCUGCAACAGAUGAAACUGUAAAUACAUUAAAUUUAUCAAAACCACAAUACUUAGAAUUAUUAGCACCAAGAGUAAAAGAAGAACCAUACUCAAGAACAUCGGAUAAUACAACAUCCCUUAGUUAUAUUAGGACAUUACCUCUUCUAGAUCAAAUAAGAAUUCUCCUGAAAGAUGCCAAAGUUAUAUCAUUUGUACAGCUACGAUCGAUCUUGUCGCCGGAUCAAGAGACAGCGUCUAUCUUAAAGUAUUUACAACAGGUGGCUGUUUUAGUACAAGGGAAUUGGGUUGUAAAUAGCGAACUACUGUAUCCUAAGGAUACCAUAUCCUCGCAUAAUGGCAUUUCUGCUGAUCUAAUGUGUAGAGCUAGGGAUUAUAUUUUAUUAUCUUUCACGGAACACGAAGUUCUAGAUAGAAAAACAAUUUCUUCCAUAGUUAAAUUACCACCUGACGAAAUCAAUGAAAUAUUUGAAAACUUAGCAUCGCACGAGCCUAAGAACGGAUGGCGACUAAUAAUUCCGCCUACCAAGGAUUUUACAGAAAGAUAUCCGGAGAUAGCGCAAAGGCAAGAAAUGUUUUGGGAAGCGAAACGAAAGCAUCUGCGCGAGGCGAUGGAGGUUCAAAGUCAAAUUCCGCAGCGUCAAAGGCGAAAGUCGAAUAGGGAAUCCGUUGGAUCUGAAAAUGAGGAGAAAAAUAUAGGUCGAGGUAGAAAAACGUUAAGGGAUUCGUCGAUGUCUGACAACGACAGCGCGACAGAACCGGUGAAACAUAAAAAGAUUAUUCGAGCUCGAAAAGUCUCAGAGAACACGUGACCAAAGCCGAUGCGCGAUUAAAAUCUAUGAUCACACAUCGUGCUGUUAAUAUAUUUCGAAUUGUAGAGUUAUCACAGAUACACACACACUCACACGACUAGAUCUAGUAUAACAAUGUGUCUGCUUUGAUACACUACCGAAAUUUUACAAUAUACGUACAUCUUUAAAUGACUUAAGUAAAAGGGUUCUCUAGUCUCAAAUGAACCGUCGAACUGCCAGCAAUGUCUAGACCUCUGUUGUCCUACGUAUUUAUAAACGAAACUCGAGUCGCAUUGCUUGCGUUUCGCAAGGUCGUCUGUUACAGGAAAUAUGAUAGCUAAAAAUAUUAAUUUCCAUAGUUAUCGUAUUAUUUAUUGAAGUAUAUACAGACAGAUAGCAAAGUAUGGUUCUAUCACACGUGAUUACCGCAGAGCAUUUAUUGUCUAACAUCACACUGUCGAUUGUGAAAACAUACGUACAGUCGUGUACAGUCAGUGGCAAAAAUAUGAGUUACAUAUUUUAUAAAUGGCAUUUUUCUUAAUUAAAAUUGGAUGGGUUCCAUAAAAAUGACGAUUUCUCAUAAAUAUGUGUGUGUUUCUUCGGAAAUUUAAAUAAAUCAUUUAAUGAAUUUUAUUGUUUUUACAAUAUUCUUCAUUUUUGUCGGAAUCUGUAUUGAAUUUGCCAAGUGUAUAUAGGCUUUUGUGACCGACUGUACCAGCCUUAAGAUUGUAUAAAGCACUCAAUUAUUGUUUACAGUGAUUACUUUCGGCACAUCGUGGAUCGAUGGUGCAUCCGAAAGCGCGGACUGAAAAACGACUGAUCUUUUCUAUUUUAAUAAAAAGUAUUUUUACGUAUUAAGAGAGAUCGAUGUGAGAUCGAGAUCAACUAUAGACAGAAAUAUAUGUAUAAACUAUCGGACAAAUGCUAUAUUUAUUACUACGAUGUUCAAAAUGUAUACGUGUAUACAUAGUAUCAAGAUAUAUUUCCGUAAAAUUUCCUGUA